ACAGGCGCGGGGCGAGGCCGGCGUCGCGGCCCUGCUGGUGGGGUUCGCGGCUGUGGGAGGCGCUGGGGGGAUGGCGGUGGAGACCCUGUCCCCGGACUGGGAGUUCGACCGCGUGGACGACGGCUCGCAGAAAAUUCAUGCUGAAGUUCAACUUAAGAAUUAUGGGAAAUUUCUUGAGGAUUAUACGUCACAAUUGAGAAGAAUUGAGGAUGCCCUGGACGAUUCAAUUGGAGAUGUUUGGGAUUUCAAUCUUGAUCCUAUAGCACUAAAGCUUUUGCCUUAUGAACAGUCUUCCCUGUUGGAACUGAUAAAGACUGAAAACAAGGUCUUAAACAAAGUCAUUACUGUUUACGCUGCACUUUGUUGUGAAAUCAAGAAAUUAAAAUAUGAGGCUGAAACUAAGUUUUAUAAUGGUCUCCUGUUUUAUGGAGAAGGAGCUACAGAUACCAGUAUGGUGGAAGGUGAUUGCCAGAUUCAAAUGGGGAGAUUUAUUGCAUUUUUACAGGAACUGUCUUGCUUUGUCACGAGGUGCUACGAAGUGGUGAUGAAUGUAGUCCAUCAGCUGGCUGCCCUCUACGUCAGUAACAAGGUCGCACCCAAAAUUAUAGAGACAACUGGAGUUCAUUUUCAGACAAUGUAUGAACACUUGGGAGAACUGCUAACAGUUUUGCUCACCCUGGAUGAGAUUAUUGAUAAUCACAUCACUCUGAAAGACCACUGGACCAUGUACAAAAGGUUAAUGAAAUCUGUCCAUCACAACCCUUCAAAAUUUGGAAUUCAGGAAGAAAAACUAAAGCCAUUUGAAAAGUUUCUGCUGAGGCUGGAAGGACAGUUGCUUGAUGGGAUGAUAUUCCAGGCCUGUAUAGAACAGCAGUUUGAUUCUCUCAAUGGAGGAGUACCUGUGUCCAAAAAUAGCACUUUUGCUGAAGAAUUUGCACAUAGUCUUCGCUCGAUUUUUGCAAAUGUAGAAGCCAAACUUGGAGAACCUUCAGAAAUUGACCAGAGGGACAAGUAUGUUGGAAUCUGUGGACUCUUUGUACUGUACUUUCAGAUAUUUCGAACUGUUGAUAAAAAGUUUUAUAAGUCUUUAUUGGACAUUUGUAAGAAGGUACCGGCCAUCACUCUAACUGCUAAUAUUAUUUGGUUUCCUGAUAAUUUUCUGAUCCAGAAAAUACCAGCAGCUGCCAAACUUCUAGACAGAAAAAGUCUCCAAGGCAUUAAAAUACACAGGGACACUUUCCUGCAGCAGAAGGCUCAGGCACUUACCAAAGAUGUGCAAUCUUACUACGUCUUUGUGAGCUCAUGGAUGAUGAAAAUGGAAUCAAUUUUAUCUAAAGAGCAAAGAAUGGAUAAGUUUGCUGAAGACCUCACCAACAGAUGUAAUGUUUUCAUACAGGGCUUCCUUUAUGCCUAUAGCAUUAGUACCAUUAUUAAGACCACGAUGAAUCUCUACCUGUCCAUGCAGAAGCCAAUGACCAAGACCUCGGUGAAGGCCUUAUGCAGACUUAUUGAACUUCUCAAGGCAAUAGAGCAUAUGUUCUACAGGAGAAGCAUGGUUGUGGCGGACUCAGUGUCGCAUGUAACACAGCACCUUCAGCACCAGGCUCUUAAUGCUAUUUCUGUAGCCAAGAAAAGAGUAAUUUCUGACAAAAAAUAUAGUGAACAGCGUCUCGAUGUGCUCUCUGCUCUAGUUCUGGCGGAAAACACCCUAAAUGGACCAAGCACAAAGCAGCGACGUCUCAUUGUGUCUCUGUCGCUCAGCGUGGGCACGCAGAUGAAAACAUUUAAAGAUGAAGAACUCUUUCCCCUUCAAGUAGUCAUGAAGAAGCUGGACAUCAUCAGCGAACUCAGAGAGCGAGUGCGGGUGCAGUGUGACUGCGGCUUUCUGUACUGGCAUCGAGCUGUCUUCCCGAUCUACCUGGAUGAUGUGUAUGAAAGCGCUGUCGAUGCGGCUAGAUUACAUUACAUGUUCAGUGCCCUGCGAGACUGUGUGCCCGCUAUGAUGCACUCCAGGCAUUUGGAGUCCUACGAGGUCCUGCUGGAUUGCUACGACAAGGAGAUUAUGGAAAUUUUAAAUGAGCACCUGCUGGACAAGCUGUGCAAAGAGAUAGAGAAAGACCUGCGGCUCUCCGUGCAUACGCACUUGAAGCUCGACGACCGCAACCCUUUCAAAGUGGGCAUGAAGGACCUGGCGCUGUUUUUCUCUCUGCAUCCAAUUCGCUUUUUCGAUCGAUUUAUUGAUAUUCGAGCUUAUGUUACUCACUACCUGGACAAGACUUUCUAUAAUCUCACCACGGUAGCUCUUCACGACUGGGCCACUUACAGUGAGAUGAGAAACUUAGCCACCCAGCGCUACGGCCUGGUCAUGACGGAGGCGCAUCUUCCCAGUCAGACGCUGGAGCAGGGCCUUGAUGUUCUGGAAAUUAUGAGAAAUAUUCAUAUAUUUGUGUCUCGAUACCUCUAUAAUCUCAACAAUCAGAUUUUUAUUGAACGAACAAGCAAUAACAAACAUUUGAAUACUAUUAACAUUCGGCACAUUGCUAACUCCAUUCGAACACAUGGCACGGGCAUCAUGAACACCACAGUUAAUUUCACCUACCAGUUUUUGAAAAAGAAGUUUUACAUCUUUAGCCAAUUUAUGUAUGAUGAGCAUAUCAAAUCCAGAUUGAUUAAAGACAUUCGGUUUUUCAGGGAAGUUAAGGACCAAAAUGAUCAUAAGUACCCUUUUGAUAGAGCAGAAAAAUUCAAUCAAGGCAUCCGAAAACUUGGAAUAACACCAGAGGGACAGAGCUACCUUGACCAGUUCAGGCAACUCAUUAGCCAAAUCGGUAAUGCCAUGGGCUAUGUGCGGAUGAUAAGAUCUGGUGGUCUUCACUGUAGCAGCAGUGCCAUUAGAUUUGUGCCUGAUAUUGAAGAUAUUGUAAAUUUUGAAGAACUAGUAAAAGAAGAAGGUCUUGCAGAAGAAACGUUAAAAGCAGCAAGGCAUCUGGACUCAGUUCUCAGUGAUCACACACGAAAUUCUGCCGAAGGCACAGAGUAUUUCAAAAUGCUUGUGGAUGUUUUUGCACCAGAAUUUCGAAGGCCAAAGAAUAUACACCUCCGAAACUUCUAUAUCAUUGUGCCGCCUCUAACCCUCAACUUCGUAGAACAUUCCAUCAGUUGCAAGGAGAAACUGAAUAAAAAGAAUAAAAUCGGAGCCGCCUUUACGGAUGAUGGUUUUGCCAUGGGUGUGGCUUACAUCCUAAAGCUUUUGGAUCAGUACCAGGAGUUUGAUUCACUUCACUGGUUCCAGUCUGUGAGAGAGAAAUACUUGAAGGAGAUAAGGGCGGUUGCUAAGCAACAGAACGUGCAUUCAGCCAGUCAGGAUGAAAAGCUGCUGCAGACCAUGAAUCUCACUCAGAAGCGACUGGACGUCUAUUUACAGGAAUUUGAAUUGCUGUAUUUUUCACUGAGCAGUGCGAGAAUUUUCUUCAGAGCAGACAAGACUGCAGCUGAAGAGAACCAGGAAAAGAAAGAGAAGGAAGAAGAAACAAAAACAAGCAAUGGAGACCUAUCGGACAGUGCCGUGUCAGCGGACCCUGUUGUGAAAUGAUGCUGCUGGUGUGAGGUCAUUAGUGCGUUCCUACUUUGCCCCGAGGGAAGGAGGUCAGAAGCUGUGAUGAAUCUUUCCUGGGUCGUGUUCUGGAAAAUAUUUAGAUGUUGGAACUUACGGAGGCAGUGCUCUAAAGUGAGGUCCAUUCUGCUUCCAAAGGCUCUACUUUUUAGAGGUUGAGAACAAGAUUAUAAACUUGGAUAUUUCCCUGGACUUUGGGCUAGAACAUGCUCUUCGGAACAGUUACAUGACAGGAACUUACAGAAGAGCAAAUCCAGAUUCCUAAACGGUUGCCUCAGAUCUCUUGUGGUAUACAUGAGUGUGUGUAAUUUGGAUUGCACAGGUCUCUGGUCCCUGUUUAUCUGAACUCUUUGGAAAUUCAGUGCAUACCCUGUAUACAGCCAGUGCAUUCUUUUCGUAAAGGAGUUGCGCCUGACGUUCAUGGAGACACCGACGUGCUUCAGUAGUGUGUGCACACGGCUGUGAUGCUGGAGGGGCGCAGCGGGCUGGGCACAGUGGGAGCGAGGGCCUGCGCGGUCACUCCCGUGACGUGACUCGCAGGGCUGCGGGCCCCUCCUCUGAGCAGACACUGUAUAACCAGUUUACAUGCCUGGAGAGCAGUGCCCCUCCAACGGCUCUCUAAAUUAAAGGUGUGCUCCACGCUCAGAGGAAAUCCUGCUAAAGCCAUAGAGCCCUGCUGGAAGCGCCACUUGCAGUGAAGGCACUCUGUAUGAUAGGAGAAAAAAAUGAAUGAAUGAUUUCUACAUCCAAACUCAGGUUCUUGUGUGUCCGGUUAAACCCACAUCUUGGCGCCAGUCUGGGCAGACUCUCUAUGACAAGUAUAAUCUCAGAUCCAGGAUUAAAUAAUAAGUGCACUGGGCAGGCUGUGUAAAGAUGACCACUGUGAGAAUAAAACUCUAACAGCAUAAAUCACUUACUGAUUUUAAAAAGUGCAGAAAGAUUUUCAGUAAAUUUAAUUCCCAGCAAGCUUUUAUUUUUGUAAAGGUAUAUUAGUCAAUAAAUGGAUUAAUCACCACCUUUUCAAAAUGUAGUGAAAUGGUACUUUUACAAUGAAAAGGCAAGAUUAAAACUCUAAAUGUGAAACGAGCAUCAUCUUGGGAAGUGUUUGAUUUCUCUGUCAAGUUUGCCUGCAAACCGUUUCUGGGUAAAUCCUGCAAGGGGUUCUGCCCGGUUGGAAUUCUGACUUUGCUCUUCACUCCCAGCUUUCAGACUGGGGGUCCCCAGCUCUGUCCGUGCGCAGCGCGCAGCGCCUGGGCUCGGGGCUGCUUUCUCAGCCUGAGAUAGGCACUUUCACUGUUCAAGUCGGAAGAAACAGAACAUGUAGAAAAUGAGUUUUGUUUGUUACAGAAACAUGACAUAGAGUCAUGGACAAGGGUGGAUUAAAGGCAUCUGAUAUCUCUAACUCAUACUAACUGUAGAAAUGGCCCUAAAGCAUGCUGCAUAAUUAAUAAUUUAUAUUUUCUUUAUUAUAAAUGUUUAUAUUAAUGAUAGUGCAUUUGAUUAUAUCAAAUUAGUUACCAUUUCAUAGCAACAGUAUUGUUUUCUGAUUUUAACUUCCUAAAACUGUCCCCGUAGAGGGGAUAGCCGUUACAAUUAGAAGAGCGUCACUGGCUCUUUUCCGGAGCUCCGCGUGUCAGCCGCUGGUUUUACCAGCACCAGAGUUUUCAUGCUGAGCGACUCCCUGGAUACCUACAGUCGGGAAGAAGGUGACAGAUCACCUUACCCUUAGUUCAAAAUAGGGUCACUGGAGUGUGGAUCAGCUCGCACGAGUUCACGUAUUCACAGUAGAAGCUUCGGAGACGAAGUACGUCCGUGGCAUCAGGUGCAGAGCUGGGGGUGCUGCUGCACUCAGCCUGAGUGAGUAUCCUAGAGGAUGCUUUUCUUUGCUAACAUGGGAAUGUUAAUAUUUUUUCAGACACUGUAAUUUAAAAGUAAUGUGCGCAUUGGUUUUAGGUUCACAGAGAAAUUAACGAUGUUCAGAUUCUCAGGAGUUAAGGACUGAUCGUAGGUUUGUCAGCCCUCCUUAGAGUUCGGAAAAGAUGGCAGGUUGUUACCUCGCGUGAGUGGGGCUUUCCCCUCCUCGCUCAGUGAGUACACUGUGUAUAAGUAAAAUAUUAAUAAAUACAAUUUGAAAACUC